GUCUGGCUGAACAUUAAUCCGCUUUCACCAAGUCCCAAACUAAUGCUUGCUGCAUUAAUACACUGCAAAUCCUCAAGGUAUAAAUUACACACCAUCCACUAUAAAAGGAAAGCACAGGGCUUUCUUCUCACUACAGCUGUUACUUCGAGGAAGGAGAGCAGAAUACAGACAGGAUGAAGACACUUAAUUGUUACGUGCUGUUACUUUGCUGGAAAGCAAUUUGCUGCAACAGCUGCCAGCUCACCAAUAUUACCAUAGCCGUGGAAAAAGAAGAAUGUGAAUUCUGCAUUACAGUGAAUGCCACGUGGUGCUCAGGAUACUGCUUCACAAGGGAUCCAGUGUACAAAUAUCCACCAGUAUCAACUGCUCAGCAAACCUGUACCUUCAAGGAGGUUGUGUAUGAAACAGUGAAGAUCCCUGGCUGUGGUGACCAUCCUGAAUCAUUUUAUUCAUACCCAGUGGCUACAGAGUGCCACUGUGACAGCUGUGACACUGACACCACUGACUGCACUGUCAGGGGACUGGGGCCAUCCUACUGCUCCUUCAGUCAGAAUGGAAGCAACCAGUGAAGGCUACUGGACACAGCAGUUUGGCUUUAAAUGUUCCCUGACAAAUAAAGGUACUGUUCAGGUUUAAAUGGAAGAUUUAGAAACUGCCAGGAUUGAAACAAAGAUUUUUAAGGCCAAAAUGAAGAGCUACUGACUAAACUCCUCUUCAGGCCUUCCUUACAUAACCUAUCAGUUGCCUUAAAAUAAUUUUCACAGGUCUAUAAAAAAUGCUGCUUCCAAUUUCUUCUGCCCUUCGCCCUUCUUCCUCUUUAGUGCAACUUCAUUAUUUAUAUUCCUGUAUUUCCACUGCCUGCUUCACAUAGAUUAUUUUAUGCUAUUCUGUGCUUUCAAAAAGUUUCAAGUCUUUAUUAUCUCCUGCUUUUCAUCUCUCCUAAGAACACACUUAUUUUUAAAAGCCUUGCUGCUGGUUGUGGUUCUAUUAGCUGGAUUGUAAACCUCUCUCAGCUGAGAUCCUGACUGAUUUUUUCUUUGCAGAAUAUUUCAUAUAGCCAUUAUGCACUGCAAAUAAUAACAGCAUGUAUAUUUAAGAGCCAAAAUCUAUGUUCAAACGUUGAAUGUCACCUGAAUUCUUGUACUUUCUCAGCAAGGCUUGUUAGUUCAGCCUCACUGUCACAGCAACACGAGUAACAGGAACUCUAGUUCAUACCUGGCUAACUUGAAAAAAUCAUCAGCUCUCUAUUUUCACCUGAGUGCAGAAUGUAGUAAAGAGAAAUGUUUAGCAUCAUUUAACGUAGGAGUCUCAAAAAUGAUUUAGGGAUGAAUGUAGGGGCACCUGACCCCAGUAGUGCAAACAUGGUGUGAUAAUGUGCCUUGAAAGCCGUUCACAGGAGUCCCUUCAGAGAAUGGGAUUUCACAGAACUCUGCAGCAACCUGACUCUGCAAAUACCACUAUGAAGUUGGAGUGGUCUGGAAGUGAGCUGGAGGACUGACUGAGUCAGAAUGGGAAAUUACCUCACCUUAUUG